AUGACUGACCGCCUAAAGUCCAUUGUCAACCAAAUGACGCCCUCGACGAGCGGAUUGUCGGCCAUCACCACCAAAAAUGCCGACGAUAUAGUCAUCACGCUUGCUAUCCGCACACCCCUCACCAGGGCACACAAGGGCGGCUUCAAGGACACGACGCUCGAUGGCCUGCUCGUCAAGACACUCAAGCAGGUCGUUGCCAGGGCCAACCUUGACCCGGCCCUCGUAGAAGACAUCUGCUGCGGCAACGUCAGCGAUCCAAAGGCCGCAUACUAUGUCCGCGCCGCUAUGCUUGCCGCCGGCUUCCCCAACACCACAUCCGGCUCAUCGGUCAACCGGUUCUGCUCAUCAGGGCUCAAGGCCGUGCAAGACAUUGCCAAUCAGAUCUCCGUAGGCGCUAUCCAGUGUGGUCUAGCCAUUGGCGCAGAGAGCAUGACUGUAGGCGGAGACCGGCUGGAACGCCCCUUUGUCGACGAGAUCCUCGAGCACCCAGAAGGCAACGACUGCAUGCAGCCCAUGGGUCAGACCUCGGAGAACGUGGCGAAAGAGUUCAACAUCUCCCGCGAACGCCAGGACAGGUUCGCCGCUGAAUCCUACCGCCGGGCCGAAGCCGCGCAAAAAGCGGGCUGGUUCGACGACGAAAUUGUUCCCAUCACCACCGCCGUCAAGGACCCCAAGACUGGCGAAGUCAAGAAUGUCACCCUCACCCGCGACGAGGGAAUCCGCCCAGGCACCACCUUUGAGAGUCUCCAAAAACUCAAGCCCGCCUUCCUCCCCCACGGCGACCGCUCCCACGCCGGAAACUCGUCCCAACUCACAGACGGCUGUGCCGCCGUCCUUCUCAUGAAGCGCUCCAUGGCCCAAAAACUCGGCCAACCCAUUCUCGCAAAGUUUGUCGGUGCCACAGUCGCCGGCCUGCCCCCACGCAUCAUGGGCAUCGGCCCUUCCGUCGCCAUCCCCAAGCUCCUCUCCCAGUUCAACCUAAGCCUCGACGAAAUCGACCUGAUUGAGAUUAACGAGGCCUUUGCCAGCAUGGCUGUCUACUGCCUCGAGACGCUCAAGAUUGACCACGCGAAGCUCAAUGUGAGGGGUGGCGCUAUUGCGCUCGGUCACCCGCUCGGAUGCACGGGUGCAAGGCAGAUUGUCACGGGCUUGAGUGAGUGCAGGAGGCAGAAGAAGAAGAUUCUGUUGACGAGCAUGUGUAUCGGAACGGGUAUGGGCAUGGCAGGUCUGUUCGUCAAUGAGCAGAAUGUGUAA